CGGGGGAAGGCGCCUCGGGGGCGGGGCCUGGGGGUCGCUAGCAGAACCCCUGGGGCGCGAUCCCGCCUGACCCAGCUGAGUGCAGCCGGCGACACUGCUCACUACUGGCCAGCAUGUCCUUCGUCGCGGUGGCCGAGGAUUCGGACUUCCCCAUCCACAACCUGCCCUACGGCGUCUUUUCCACCCCAGGCAACCCAAGGCCAAGGAUCGGCGUGGCCAUUGGUGACCAGAUCCUGGAUCUCAGUGUCAUUAAGCACCUCUUCACGGGGCCUGUCCUCUCCAAACACCAGGAUGUCUUCGAUCAGCCCACCCUCAACAGCUUCAUGGGCCUGGGCCAGGCUGCCUGGAAGGAGGCGAGAGCAUUCUUGCAGAACCUGCUGUCCACCAGCCACGCCAGGCUCCGAGACGACACGGAGCUUCAGAGACGGGCGUUCACUGCCCAGGCUUCAGCUGUGAUGCACCUGCCGGCCGCCAUAGGUGACUACACGGACUUCUACUCGUCCCGGCAACACGCCACCAACGUGGGGAUCAUGUUCCGCGGCAAGGAGAACGCGCUGAUGCCUAACUGGCUGCACGUUCCCGUGGGCUACCAUGGCCGCGCCUCCUCCGUCGUGGUGUCCGGCACCCCGAUCCGCAGGCCCAUGGGCCAGAUGAGCUCCGACGACUCUAAGCCGCCCGUCUACGGCGCCUGUAGGCUCUUGGACUUGGAGCUGGAGAUGGCUUUCUUUGUAGGCCCUGGGAACAACUUUGGAGAGCCAAUCCCCAUUUCCAGGGCCCAUGAGCACAUUUUUGGAAUGGUCCUUAUGAACGACUGGAGUGCUCGGGACAUUCAGAAGUGGGAGUAUGUCCCUCUUGGACCGUUCCUCGGAAAGAGUUUUGGAACCACCAUCUCCCCGUGGGUGGUGCCCAUGGAGGCCCUCAUGCCGUUCGUCGUGCCCAACCCGGAGCAGGACCCCAAGCCCCUCCCGUAUCUGCGCCACGACCGGCCCUACACGUUCGACAUCAGCCUCUCCGUCUCCCUGAAAGGAGAAGGAAUGAGCCGAGCGGCCACAGUGUGCAAGUCCAAUUUUAAGCACAUGUAUUGGACAAUGCUCCAGCAGCUCGCCCACCACACCGUCAACGGCUGCAACCUGCGCCCCGGGGACCUGCUGGCUUCUGGAACCAUCAGCGGGCCGGAGCCGGAGAGCUUCGGGUCCCUGCUGGAGCUGUCGUGGAGGGGGACGAAGGCCAUUGAGCUGGGGGAUGGACACACCAGGAAGUUUCUGCUGGACGGCGACGAAGUCAUCAUAACAGCAUCGUGCGUCUCUCCAGACCCGUGUUUGAGAACACUCGCGUGUAGGUCCGUGGGCUCGCCCAGUGCUCAUGCUCACACCCUGAGUGUCACAUUGUCGCCCUACUUCCUUGGCCCUGUCCUCGGCCGCUGUCUCUUCUGUGGGCCACCCCUUGACCCCAUUCUGUGGGUACAGGGUGCUGAGCGGCCUUUCAAAGCCUCACGCCCCCUCUGUGCAGCUGCCCGUCCCAAGCCACCUCUCCAUGCCGGGACUGCCGGCGUGUGUCCGGCCGCUGUGUCUGUCCUGCCGCUGGAGACCGGCCUCAGGUCUGUGCUCCCGUUCCCCGUCUGCUCCAGGCCACCUCCUGGCUCCCUGGGGCCUCUUGCUUCCGGUGUGCACCUGCUGCUCCUCUGAUUCUGCCCCACCCUUGGGGGAGCCCCAUCGGACACCUGCGUGCCUGUGGGCUCCCAUCUCGCUCAGCCCCGGUCGUGCCCUUAGGACACCGAAUUCCGGUUAAUUGUAUGCGCGUGUCUCCCGGCUGGACUAGCAGCCUGGAUUCCUUCCUCGGGCUGCUGUCACAGACUGCCGCACACCCGCUGGCUUAAAACAACAGAAAUUCACUCUCUCCCAGUUCCGGGGGGCAGAAGUCUGAAACCCAAGGGUCGGCAGGGCACCCUCCUUCCAGUGGCUGUCGGGGAGGGACCCGCUCCGCCCUCAACCGCCUGCUGGUGGCUCCUGGUGUCCCCCCGCGGCCACAUCCCUCCGGCCUCUCCCGCCGUCCUCACCUGGAUUCUUCCGUGGCUGCCUCAGUGGCACGCUCGCGAUGGCCUUUGGGGCCCGCUGGGGUCAUCCCCGCAUCCAGGACCCUAACUUACUCACGCCUGCAGAAAGUGUGGUGUGAGGGCGCGGUCAGGGCUCCAGAGCCGAGCGCCCGAGUUCUUCGGGGUCAUCAGUCAGCCGAUUGCACGGCGCUGCCAGGGCCGGAGGCAGCCCCACGUGUCUCUGCAGGCUGACUGUGUGCGGACGCACAGUGGGAGUCGUGCAUUGUUGCUUGAGUAAGCGAUGCGGAGCUGGUAGAGAAGGUGCAGGCAGAGCUCGGGCCUCACUGUCCCCACAGCCCCGUUACGGCCUGACUCCAGCUCUGCGGAGUUUGCUGAGAACCUGCCGGGGCCAACCCUGUCGUAGCGCGCACACCACCCGGACUCCGUCUUACACUCACGGGAACCCCGGCCCAGGACUCGUUGCCCCAGUUUAUAGAGCAAAGAGCUCAGGUUGACAGCAGGCGGGUUGCUUGCUGGAAUCACGCUUGGGGGAAGCUGGGUGCAGCUCCAGUCCUCUCCGUGGCCGUGGUCCUCUCUGUGGCCAUGGACACUCUGUGCUCGUGGUCCUCUCUGUGGCCAUGGUCCUGUCUGUGGCCAGUCUUAUCUCCAGGGUUUCUUUGAUGCUUCUGGACCCAUUGCAGGCCCUCGGCCCUCCUUUAGUGUCUAGAGCACCAAGCCUGAAGCAUUUU